AUGCCUAACAUCCAUCCAGGGUUUGUCUCUCUUGUAAUUUGGAAAAUGACAGAAGAAGAAUUGUACACCGAAUAUAAAGGGGUGUUUGUCCUAUCGCAAAUACACACCCCUGAAAGUCUAAAAUAUUAUGAGGACUUCACUUUUCGCCCGGAUGACAUCCUGAUUGUCACGUAUCCAAAAUCAGGAACAACAUGGAUGCAGGAGAUUGUGCCUCUGAUUGUGAGUGAGGGAGAUUUGACUCCUGUACUGACUGUCCCAAAUUGGGACAGAGUCCCAUGGCUGGAGACGCAUAGAUCUACGCUUCUUAAUCUAGAGCAAAGAGCCUCGCCCCGCAUUUUUGCGACUCACUUUCAUCACCAAAUGAUGAACAAGUCCUUCUUCAAAAUAAAGCCAAGGGUACUUUAUGUUUUGAGGAACCCAAAAGAUGUGUUCACAUCUUCAUUCUACUACUAUGGGAUGGCUUCAUGUCUGGUGAACCCAGGAACCCAAGAUGAGUUCAUGGAGAAAUUCCUUGAUGGAAAAGUCAAGUUUGGUUCCUGGUUCGAUCAUGUGAAAGGGUGGCUGAAUGCUGAGGAACCCAUGCUGCACAUUUUUUAUGAAGAGAUGAUAGCUGAUCUAAAGGCAUCUGUGGAGAAAAUCGCCCAGUUUCUCGGAAAGUCACUAAGCAGAGAAACGAUUGAGAAAAUAGCUGACCAGUGUGUCUUCAAGAACAUGAAACAAAACAAGAUGUCCAACUAUUCUCUGGCUCCAAAAUUGAUUGACCAAACGAAAUCUGAAUUUCUGAGAAAAGGAAUUGCUGGUGACUGGAAGAAUCAUUUCACCGAAGCCCUUGAGCAGCGAUUUAAUACUGUGUACAAAGACAAAAUGAAAGAUGUGAAAUUCAAAUUCAUGUGGGAUUAAAUGAGCACGUUCAUUUAUAACAUGAACUAAAGUGCACAUAACUGUUUUUAGCAGUCAAUUUAAACCAUACAAGCUUGAGUGU